UCAACAGCAUUUACGAUCCUCUGGGUUUCAUCUCGCCAGUAGUGGUUCAUGGAAGGAUCUUAAUGAGGGAUAUGAUAACAGAACAGACAGACUGGGAUGAACCAUUGGACAUAAAAUACAAAGAAGGUUGGGUUAAAUGGUGUCAAUCAUUGAAGGAUUUGGAGGACUUGUCAAUUUCUCGAACAUACCUCCCAAUUUCCCUGUCUAGCACUUCAGAACAGGAAGUCCACAUAUUUUCGGAUGCUUCAGAGAAGGCAAUUUGCGCAGUGGCAUAUAUGAAAGCAACAGACAUAAAUGGAGAUACACAUGUUGGAUUCAUUAUUGGAAAAUCCAAAGUAUCACCUAAGCACGGUCACACGAUACCUAGGCUAGAAUUAUGCGCAGCAGUCAUUGCGGUAGAGCUUUCAGAGACUGUGUCGGAACAUUUGUGCUUUCCUGUCGAGCAGAUGAAGUUCUAUACCGAUAGUAAAGUCGUGUUAGGGUACAUCAAUAACCGCGUCAGGCGUUUCUACGUUUAUGUUGAGAAUCGUGUCAACAGGAUUCUGAGGACGACUCUACCUAAACAGUGGAGUUACGUGUCAACCAAUGACAACCCGGCAGACUUAGGAACACGACCAGUCUCGUCUCAUCUGCUAGAUUGUAGUGAUUGGAUUCGAGGCCCAGAAUGUAUUCAUACCUGCGAAUUGACCUCUGAUGAAACAUUUCAGCUCCAAUACCCUGAAAAGGACUCCGAAAUUCGUCCUGAAGAUGAAGUGCAUUGUUUAAAACUCUCAGUUCGUCGACACCAUGAGUAUGAUCUUGGCACCAAACGUUUUGAGAAAUUUUCGCAUUGGGAAAAUUUGGUACAUGCUAUCAUGUUCCUGAAGAGUUUUGCCCAGAGACUAUCAGUUCAGAAAUGCAGCAUGAGAUCUACACUGGGAGAGAAGCCGAUUGCACAGGAUUUGAGAGCUUCCGUCGAGAGACUCAUUAUAAUAGAAAUACAGAGAGAGGCAUUCAGUAGGGAAAUAAAUUGUUUACUGAAUGGCAAGGAGCUCCAGAAGGACAGUAGUAUCCGGAGUUUGAAUCCUUUCAUUGACAAUGAUGGUAUUGUUAGGGUUGGAGGACGCUUGAACAAUGCUGACCUCAGCAAAAUGGAGAAAAAUCCUGUUUUGAUCCCUAGACGUCAUCAUGUAGCAACAUUAUUAAUUCGUCACUAUCACGACAAAGUCAGACACCAAGGCCGCCUUCUGACUGAAGGAGCAAUACGAAACGCUGGGUUUUGGAUCGUUGGAUGUCGACGCAUGAUAAACUCGUAUCUUCGUAAGUGUGUCCGGUGUUUGAAAUUACGAGGAAAACAACACUUUCCUAAGAUGGCCGAUCUUCCAUGCGAUCGGUUGGAUCCAGCUCCCCCAUUCAGUUUCAUUGGAAUAGACGUUUUCGGACCAUGGACUGUCCUCAGUAGGAAAACGCGUGGUGGGCAGGCUCAUUCGAAGAGAUGGGCUGUGAUUUUUACAUGUUUAGUCAUCCGUGCUAUUCAUAUAGAGGUGAUUCAAGAAAUGACAUCAUCCAGUUUCAUAAACGCACUUCGUCGUUUCAUUUCAUUAAGAGGAGAGUUCAAACUCAUUCGAUCGGAUUGUGGAACCAACUUUGUUGGAGCAGCAAAAGAUAUUGGUGCAAACAUUAUUGAUAUCGAAGAACCCAAUCUUAAAGCCUUCUUAGCACAGAAAGGCAUCUCUUGGAGGUUCAACCCGCCUCAUUCAUCCCACAUGGGUGGGGUCUGGGAGCGUCUGAUUGGCAUUUCGCGGAGAAUUCUUGAUUCACUCCUUUUGGAUGUUCCGCACAAAAACCUUACACAUGAAGUCCUCUCUACAUUCAUGGCAGAGGUUUGUUCCAUUAUAAACGCGAGGCCCCUUACAGGUGUUCCAUCGGACCCGGAGUCUCCUAUGCCACUGACACCAUCAACCUUAUUGACAUUGAAGACGAAUCAUACAGUGGAGUCCUUCUGUAUUGAGGAAUUCUCUCCGAUGGAUCUUUACAAAAGUCAGUGGAGGUGCGUUCAACAACUCGCGAACUGCUUCUGGAAAAGGUGGAAGAAUGAAUUUCUUUCAUCUCUACAGGCAAGACGGAAGUGGCAGAGCGAAAGCAAAAAUGUUACUGAAGGAGACGUUGUCCUCGUCCGAGACAAAACGCUACAU